CCUUUAGAGGUUACAAAGCUACGUGGAAUUGUGCGCUGUUUUCAACACACACCGAGCCUGCAUUUCCUUGAAUAUUGCGGGUUUGUGUGUGUAACGCAGACCCGUGAACACCAGGCAAGAAUGACGGCGGGCUCCGUGGCAGCUCCUCUCAUCAUACCGAUCCGCGUGCCACUGCCGGGGAAAGCCAAGCACGAAAUAGACACCGCGACACUGCUCGAGAUCAAAUCAGACACACCUGAUGUUGUGAUCUACUUCACAUUGGAUGGUACCAAGCCUGAGGUGGAGCGGAGACUGGGGUCUGGGGAUAGCAACACACUCAGGUACACUGCACCUGUGUGUCUACCUGCGGGUAGAGUAACCGUCAGAGCCUUCGCUGUAAGAAGCGAUGGCAGGGAGAGUGCUGUGGUCACAAAGGUGUUCCUGGUGGACCCCGUGUUACCCCGCGACGACGCGGAUGACCCAGGAAGUGACCACAGCCCUGAUCACCCAGGAAGUGAUCACAAGGACGAGGCCAACAUGGCUCAUGGAGUCACGGCUGCAACAGAGAAUGGCUUUGGUGACACCAUGACAACAGCAGUAACCAGGCCUCCGAGCAGUUGUUCCAUCAGAACCCCAAUAGGUCCGCGCUUCCUCACCCAGCGCCUUGGGAACCCUACCUACACAAGUGACCCUCCUCCACACACUGAGGGUAUUGCAGUGCCAGAGAGUCCGUUGAAGAACCUGUCACUCACCCACAUGUCCAGAAUCCAGAGAGAGACAGACUUCCUCAGGUGUGCGUCAUGUCUGAGCGCGCGUCCCUCUGACCCGUUUGCUCGGUUCUGUUUGUCCUGUGGGGCCACCGUACCGCCUGUGCCCGGCCACCGCCUGCCCCCCACUGAGGGAGCACAGAUGGGUGUGUGUGUGUCGUGCAAGUCGCUGGUGCCAGUCAACACCUGGUCGUGUGUGGUGUGUGAGGCUCCCAUUGCCCCUCAGCUGCAGCCCCAAGCCAGUCUCAGACUACAGGACAAGGUCAUCUGUCCGUCAUGUGGUACGGGGAACCCUGCACAUAUCAGCAGCUGUGUCACCUGUGAGGCCCGCCUCCCUCAGGCUCCCCCACCGGUGUGUAAAGGCCUGAGUGCUCCUCCGCUCCCCAGCUGUGACGGCAGGAUGAUCAGCUGUUCGAAGUGUCACCGUGUCAACCACGCAGACGCACGCUACUGUGACUGGUGCGGAGCCAAGCCAGGUCAUGUGUCUCGGUUGUUGACGUGCUCCAUGUGUGGCUGCAGCUCUCCUCUCUAUGCCACCUACUGCAGUCGCUGUGGAGUUUAUAUGGAGGGCCCACACAGACAGUGUGCCUUUACCAAGAUGGCGACCUCCCGAGAUGACCACAGUGUGGUGUGGCAGCCGGCACCCUCUCCCUCCUCCUCCUCUGACCCCGCCCUGCGGCUGAGGGCCAUGGAGGCGGGCUCUGCAGGCUCUGGGCCAAUGGCGGGAGGCCGGCUGAUGUCGGGGGCCGGGGGAGGACCAACAACAACGGGCCAAUGGGAGUGCGCAGAUGCGCAGACGCAGACGGUGGGGCUGUUCUACCCGUCGGCUGCUCAGCUGGAGCGCAGAGGUCAUCGGCAUCAGCAGGGGGCGCCACAGCUGACACAGCAGCAGCUGAUCCAGGAAGGAAUGAGGGAGAGGAGGCCACUGCUGACUAGCAUCAGUCCUGGCAGAGGCUACUGGAGGAAGCAGUUGGAUCACGUGUGUUUCCACUUGCGGAGCUACACACAGGGCAACCAGCAGUUCCAGAGCCUGAUUGGAGAGCCACGCAUGGGACGGGCGGUCUCUGCAGUGAUCGAGAAGGAUGACCUUGAAGUAAGCCUGAGGAUCAACUUUGUAGCUGCCACGCCAGACAGUUCAAAGGCCCAGGAGGCGGAGCCUAAGAAGCCAAUGGCCCUGAGCGACUUGGUCAACCUGAGCAGUGUUACCGAGGGGGCAGGAGACAACCCGCGCGUGUCUCUCAGUUCUUCGUCGCCUCCUGUGGCAGGUCCAAGGAAGAGUUUUAGAAGUCAGAGGAGACCUGAAAAACAGCCACCCAUCAGUGACACCCUGUUGUUGAAGGAGGUGGGGCCAGAGGGGAAGGGGCGUGUCCAGCAGGUGCAGCAGCUGCUGGAGGAGGGUGCUGACCCCUCCUGCCAAGACAGCCAGGGCAACCCAGUUCUGGUUGUCGCGGUAACUAACGGCCACCAUGAGGUCAUCCCGGUGCUGGUGCAGCGAGGAGCGGACGUCAACAGCCAAUCAGGACCGUUCCUCAACACUGCUCUGCAUGUAGCUGCUGCCUUGGGAGCCAAAGGUCUGCAGAGUACAGAGACACUACUGGGCUGCAAGGCGAGCCUGAGGAAGAGGAAUGGGCGGGGCCAGACGCCGUACGACGUGGCGAUUGGCUCAGACUGCAGAGAGCUCAUCUCCAUCAUGGCGGCCCACACCGGCCAGGAAGUACUCCACCGCCUCAGCCAAUCACAUUCCAGCUGAGGGCAGACAGGGCUGAGUGGACCACCUCAAGUCUUAACCAAUCACGCAUCGGCUAAGACUUUACUCGACCGGCUCUGUCUAUCAAAUGUAGUUGACCACAGAGCCAUGGAAGCGCCAAACAAUUACCUGCGACAGAGCCAUGCAAGUAAGUGUUAGGCCAGUCCCAUUCACCUCCGUGUUCCAUUUUUACUCAAUGAUGGCCUUUCACACACAGAUCGCCAUUGACAUAGUUCCAAAAUAGCUCCAGGAAGUGAGUGUUGAACACAGAAAGUGCAGUAACAAUAAAUGAGCUUCAUUUUCAUUCA